AUGUCGAAUAAUACCCAUAAUGUCCACCUGCUCGAGUUCGUCGCACAAAAGCGCUUUCAUGAGCGGAUAGUUCUGCCUGCUACUGCGAACCAUGGGCGUCUUGCGGUUACCUAUGCAGACAUCGGACCCCGGACAACGAAGGAUGGCUCACCCACCCCGACUAUGCUGCUGAUUCAGGGAAUGGCAGGAUCCCGGCUAUGGUGCUGCCAGAAAGACCAUCUCGCUAACAAACUGGAGGUCAGAAUGAUCUCCAUCGACCGACCCGGCAUUGGCGGUUCAACUCGGGUUCCCCCUGGACAGCGAGUCCAAGUAUGGCUGGAGACAGUGUCAGCGGUGUUGAAACAUCUAUCCAUUAAGCACGUCGUCCCUAUAUCUCACAGUGCCGGCACUAUCUACAUCUUGAAUUUGUUGAUGCAUCGACGCGACCUGCUGUACCCGAAAAGGCCAAUGGCAGUACUGAUGGCACCGUGGGUGGAGCCCGAACACUCGGACGUUCUCUCCUUACAAAUGGCCAGGAUGAUCCCUACUGGCGUUCUGAAACAAUGGAACAAGGUGAUGAAAUUCGUAGUCACCAAAGCAGUCCCUUCGCUCUGCUCGAGCGUGGAAGUCCUCGCCUCGAUGGGCGGCAGUAUUCCCCGGGCGUCCAAAGAAGACAUUGAGCACCGUGAACCAAAUCUUACUGCAGAUGAAUUGGACCCACGGACCGCCGAGGAGUUGGAGAACUUAUGCAUCGAGUAUAUUUUCCUGGAGGAUACCACAGGAAUGAAUGAUGAGGCUGUUGUCUGCUUGAAGAAGACAACCGGGUUGUGGGGAGUCUGUGAAGAUCUCCCAAUCUAUAUCCGAUGGCUGGUGCGGGCAGAACAGUGGUACCAACCAGGCCACCCGGAGGUGAAGCAGCCUUUGCAGAUCAGGGCCAUUUUUGCAGAGAAGGAUGGGAUGAUUGGACCCAAGGGACAGAAAUACUUCGAGGACUGCUUCGCCAGGUCCGAUCUCCACGGAGUGGUCUCGUUUGAAUCGGUGAUGGAGAAAGGGACGGGACAUGACACGCUCUGGGGCUUGGACACUGCAUUAUUGAAGACUCUGAGAGAUAUUCAAGACACGCUCUCUCAGUAGGUUUGCCCUUGGAUCUUUUGCGUGCUGGUAGCAUUGCAUGGGGCAUCCCCAAACAGCAGGGCUUCCCAUCCGAAUAUCCGAGAAUGG